CCUCACACGCAGUAUUUAUAUGAGAGGGCACCUCUCAUUGUUCCAAAUCCAAUGCCCAGCUCUCCCUCAGGCACCCCCAUACACACAGUAAACACACUCUUUGCUCUGAAAAAUCGAAAAUGCCAACCAGCAAGAAAAAGUACAUUCUCAACACAAUGACUGUAAGCUUAGGUUGCAGCAGCAGUUGUAGAAGGCCAAAACUCUCCUCCAUUUUCCACCCAAAACCAAGAUAUAAAUCACACUCUUAUCUCCACCACCAAUACUCUUCUUCAAGCUCAUGGAACACCACCACCACUGCCACCGCCGCCACCACAUUUUCCGACAUUCCACGGGCCUCCUACUCUUCCGACACCGAGUCAGAUAUCAAGAGCUUGAGGGCUGUUCAGGGCUUCGGAAGAAUUGGCAGCCAAAGCGUGGCGGUCGAGAAGGACUCUGACGACCCUUAUCUUGAUUUCCGGCAAUCAAUGCUGCAAAUGAUACUGGAAAAAGAGAUUUACUCAAAGAAUGAUCUUAAAGAACUUCUUAACUGUUUCUUGCAGCUCAAUUCGCCAUAUUAUCAUGGAAUUAUUGUAAGAGCUUUUACAGAGAUCUGGAAUGGGGUUUAUUCAGCGAGGUCUUCCUCCCCCAGGUUGCAUGGAGUGGGGAUGUCACGUGACCUUUAGGUGAUAUGCACUUGCAAUGCAUGUCCAACUUGUUAUGAUUAAAGUCUUGUCAUUUUGUGUCUGAAUAUUAGUAUGAUAAACAGAACCCAUAAAUUACAUAAGAGGUUCUUGUUUUGAUUAGCGAUAGGUAGGGAAAAGAAAAGGUUUAAUUUUCACGGCAUUUUUAAUUUCCUUGUAUUAGUUUCAUGAAGAAAUGUAAAUGCUGCUCAGGGAGUAAAAAAUACUGUGAAAAUUGUGAUCUUUCAGCAGCUAUUAGUGAAUGCAAUUUUUCUUUCGUCCGUUUUAGUUAAUGAUAUGUACUAUUUGGCCUAUGUUUGGCUAAUGUAGUAAACAGUUUAUAAAUGUUAA